AUUUUCCAGAACUCGACCUAACACUUUCAAGGGAAUAUGAAUGGCCAUCAGUCCACUUAUCUUCUUUAAACUUGGUUCAACUCCAGGAUCGUCAACCAUCCUAUUAUGUUCAAAUUAUUUGGUCUUCUCUUUUGGCCAAUGUGUUUGGCUUACAACUGCAAUUGGAAGACACGGUUGAGCAAGUAUGAGAACCGGGUUGAAUUCGAAGAGAGCAUCCUGCAACAAGCUCCAAUCUCCAACCUUGAUCAAGCAUUCCAAAAUUUAACUGACCAGGGUAUUGAUCCCGAUGACAAACUAGAUCACUACUAUGCUUUCCCUUAUUUCUUAAAGAUCAAACUCUCCUGUGAAAAGCAGGAAGAAAAUGAAAUAGCUUCUCGAUCUGCCUACCUUCAGGGAAUGUUUCCUAUUGUAAAUAUAAAAUUUCAAUCACCGGUGAAUUCAAUUUACAAUCUGCCAGAAUUGUUGGAGAUUGUCAUAACGGCAGUACCAGUGUCUGAUGAUGAAACUAAAUGUCUGGAGGAGAUUUGUAAGGUGGCAUGGUUUAUUCCUUUACCUUAUAGAAACGGAUCCGUGGUGUCUGAGGCUACCAUUAAAACCAAUAAAAUUGGGUUUCGCGUUCCAGACAAGAAUAUUCUUUUAAACGUUGAUGGUUACCUGAAUCUCAGACUGGAUUUGGAAGUUGGCGUUGACAAGAAUAUCAGGCAAUUUGACAUUGGACAUGAGAUUUUAGAAAUUGGAAAUCUAAUUUCUAUUCCUAAUCCCUCAUUUCCCCUCUGGUAUUUGACCGAUCAUAGUCCAGUUCUGAUACUUGGAGGGAUUUCUAAUCGCAAGGUUAUUCUUUUCACCACCAAUGAAUUUGACGAUUUUUCAAUUUUGGAGCUGAAUAUUGACAGUUGUUGGAUUGGCUCCCUUAGUUGUCCACAAGGUUUAUUCUCUGCUACAGUAUAUGAUGCCAUUGCUACUGAAAGUAUGCUGUUUAUACGCCAGAAUCAACUGAUGUAUUAUUUUAAAGGGAAUUUAACCUUACUCCGCUCAACAGAAAGAGGAUCAGACAACUGGAUUCGUUUGUUGUUCAAUGUUUGCGUGGAAAGAUUAGUUCCAGUAUUUCUUGUACAGAAUGAUGAAGAAAAACUGUUUGUUAUUGGAGGGGGCAAGCAUAAAGCACUGACCUUCAUUCUCACGAUCAGAGAUGGAAAAGUGUAUUUUAAAUCAUUGCUGGACGCUAAUGGCCAAACAGUAUGUGGCGUAAUACAAAGAGAAUGCCUUGUGCUCUGGGCUGCUAUUGAUAGAUUCCAGGAUGCUGCCCUUCUUCUGGUUGAAGGAUUAAUAUUUGAAUUUCAAAACCCGGCAUAUUACCUGAUAUAUUAUUAUUUUGAAUCAAAAAGUUUCAGAAUUCAUUAUCAACUUCCUGAAUUUGUUCCUGAAGAGAAGCAAGAAUUUGUUUUACUUCUUGGGACUGAAGACCUGUCUGAAGUGCCAACUAUACCAAUGGGCAUUAUGCUUAGCCACGUGAAUUCAAUGGCCUACAUAUGGGGAAAUUUUUUAUUCAGCAGUUACAAUCAUGGGACCACAUGGUUCGCUAUUCCAGGAGUACCACCUCAUUCUCUCAUCCGCUAUUUCACCCAUUCGUGGAAUGGAGAUUUUAUCUUUAUGACUGACCUUGACGAAUUGUGGUAUGGUAGAGAUGGUUUUUCAAGGCUAAUUCGCCUUCGUCCUUCAAGAGGUUGGGUUACUUUCCUGGCCAUGCAGAAGAUAAAAGGCAUAAAUGACCAUUACAAAAGUGAGACGACAUUAACUGUCUUCUUUGACAGGCAAAAGCAGUUACAAGAGGCAAGUAUGAUGACUUUUGGGCAUUAUUUAUAUUUCUUUUUAUUCACCUGGUAACACAUCAAUGCUUGAAAA